AUUCACCUCCUAUUUAUCAAAAAACAAAACAGCAAAGUAGAAAGCAGGGGAAGAGGCGACAAGCUGAACAAAUACACCACCACUCCGAAACUUCAACUCUAUAUUCAGAUAGUUAACUAGAUGGGGAAGCUAGGGAAGAAAGCGAGGAAGUUUGCAAAGAAGAAUCUUCAGUCAGUGCUUAAAGAUCGUCGAAAGAAGAAAGCUUUGUUCAAAAAGAGAUAUUCUUCCAAAAAUGGGAAGAGUAUCGUUGAAGACAAAGCAAAGUUAAUACACGACUCUAAUGGAAGAAACACUGAAGUUGAAGCUUUUGAUGACUCGCCUCUUGAUGCACCGUUUGUGGAAAAUGAGAGUGAUGUGGUUGCAGAUUCUUCAGACAGUGAUGGAUACCUUUCAGAGGAUAUAAGCCGGGAAGACGAAACAGGUAGUGAGCCUGGAAAAUUCUUAGAAGGUGACAGAUGUACCAGUGAAUUGAUGGCACAGAACAUAAAAAUUCAGGAAGAUCUUGCUGUACAAAAGAAAAAGCUGGAAAGACUGAAGAGGAAGGAUCCAAGUUUCUCUAAGUUCUUAGAAAGGUACAAGGAGGACAUUGAAGCACUGCAAAAUGGAGACGUGUCCUCAGAUGAAGAUGAGACUAGUAAUCGUGGAAGAGACUCAGUGACUGAAGACAACCAAGACAAAAACACGGGAAAAGUCUUGACAGUAUCUGCCAUUAGUUCUUGGUGUCGACUGGUCAAAGAGGAGCAGAAGAAGGAAGCAUUUGUUUGUGUAUUAAAUGCUUAUCGAGCAGCAUGCCGCUAUGGGGCUGAAUCCGUUGGCCUUAGGUUUCAGAAUGCUGAAACAUUCUGCAGCUUAGUAAUGUCCGUUCUUUCCGAGGCAGAUAAUAUAUUUCGAGGGCUUCUGGGACUAUCAUCCUCCAGUUACAAGAAAGAAGCAAUAUUGAAACUGAAGGAUACCCCACAAUGGGUUAAUGUGAAACCUCUCGUGAAAUCUUAUUUAAGGAGUACAUUAUCUCUACUGGAUCAGGUUACUGAUUCAGACAUUCUGGCUUUCGCUUUGACUCGAUUCAGGGCUUCUUUACCAUUCUUUGCUGCUUUCCCCUAUCUUUUGCAGAGGCUCAUUAAGACGACAGUACAUUUGUGGGCUACAGGUGGGGGGAUGCUGGCAUCCGCCUCUUUUUGUAUUGUACGGAAUGUGGCCUCUCUAUUUUCAACUGAUUGUUUUGACAAUUGCUUAGCAAAAGCUUUUGUAGCUUAUCUUGCUCAGUCCAGAGCAAGAGAGAUUGUCAAUAACAAACAUUUGCAGUUCCUAAGAAAUUCCUUGGCUGACUUGUGCUCCCUAGAUGUUCAAAAAUCAUUGCCUAAAGCCACGGCAUCUGUUCGUCAGCUUUCCAAGAUAUUGCAGUGGGGCUUGCGUACUAAGAAAAAGGAAGCUCUUAAAAGGAUCUGCAGUUGGGAGUAUGCUAAUUGUAUUAAUCUCUGGGUUGGUUUUAUAGCAGCCAAUAUUCAGGAUUAUGAUCUUCAGCCUCUUUUCUUCACUAUGGUUCAACUUAUAAAUGGAGUGGUGGGACUGUUUCCUGGACCAAGAUAUUUCCCUUUAAGACUCAAUUGCAUUCAAUGGCUUAAUGAUCUGUCCAAUUCCACUGGAGUUUUCAUCCCUAUUGCUUCAUUUGUGUUGGAUGUGUUGGAAUACAAAAUAGUCAGAGAGGGUGGAAAACCUGGACCUGCUCUCUCCUUUCAGUCCGUUGUAAAGUUGCCAAAAAAUUGCUUGAAGUCUCAAAUGUUCCAAGACGAAUGUAUUACAUCUGCAAUUGAACAACUGUCGUCACACUUUUUGCAAUGGAGCUAUCAUAUUUCUUUCCCCGAGUUAGCGACUGUUCCACUCAUUCGUCUGAAAAAGUUUUACGAGACGAAGACAAAGGAAAGUCUACACCGCGCUAUUAAACAUUUGAUAGAGCAGGUGGAGAAAAAUGUUGAUUUUGUGAAAAGGAGAAGAGGUGAGGUUGCCUUUUCGCCAAAUGAUCAUCAAUCUGUUGAAGCAUUUCUUCAGUUUGAGAAGUCCAGUCUCAGUUCUCCAUUUACUCAGUACUACAGAAGUGUACUUGAAAAGGCUGCUCUAAAAGGGUCACAUAAGAAUGAAAAGAUUAGUUUGCCAAGACGAGAGAAGUCUAAGCGUAAAAGAGUGCAGCCCGUGGAAAAUGCAGCGAAUGGAGGUUUGAUUAAUGGUUCAGGCCACAAGGAUCUCGAUGCUGUUAAUGGAACAAAGGAGAGGGUAAAAAGAAGAGCUCUUGAAGCAUAAUCGUGUUACCAUUUUUUUGUUUGCUAUAAUUUUUGAAAAUUUUCUAAUUAGCCUUUCCAGUUGGAAAUUUUGAGCCUCGCCGCCUCCUUGAUAAUCCCUGUUGUAUUGCUAUUCUCUUCGUGUUACUUAUUGUUCGAAAAAAGAAAAUAGAGGAAUGACUUGCCGCUGUUGAGCCGGUUUGAAUCGUUCA